CGCCGGGCCUAGUCGCUGAGGGGCAGCCCUUCGAGGUGGGGGGCGGCUGCGGAACCGGCCGAGGGGACCCCCCCCCUUCCUGGGCACCAUCCCAGGCGCGCUUACUCCGGGGCAAGCCCCGUCGUUGUCAGUGGAGCUUGCUCCCGGGUAGAUGCGAGGUUCGGGAUCGCAGCCUCGCUCCCCUGAGGGGAACCUGCGCGGAGUUGCAGGUGCGCGCAGGGCGAUCCUGUGCGCGUUGGCUGGGGAGCAAGCCCCCCAAGUCACAAUUCCGAUUCUGCGCAUGCUUACUCAGAAGCAGGGCCCGUCGAUUUCAUCCAUUCAUUUCUUAUUUGUAUUAUACGGGGCUUGCUUCUGGGUACCCGGGCCCGCAAAGCCAGAGCCGUAAGGGGGUAGCUCCUUCUCUGUUUUGCUUGUAUCUCACAAAUGCACACAAGAGACCUUUUGUUUUUGCUGCAAGCAGUCCGAUUUCUGCAGAGAUCUAAUCCGUUUGCGGUAUUUGGCUACAAAUGGACACAGGAGACAGUUCCAACCCUUUCCCUCACAUCCUGCAGCGAUUCCCCUGCAGCCAUUGCCAGAUGAGAAUCUGCAUUUAGUGGCUUCUCUUGGGGGUUAGUGCCUGCAUGCAUUUGACUCUCCCUGUCAUUUGAUGAUUUGGCAGGUGCAUUGUGUAUAUUGACUCCACUGAAAGAGCAUUGCACACGCGGUGGCCUGAAAGUUCUGGCCUUGGUGUUUGCAUGAAUGAGCCACUGCAGAUUAUACAAGCUGUCGCCUGAUGCAUGUGCCAAUUUAUUAUUAUUAGCAUUAUUGUUUUCAUUUUAUUUCUAUACCAUUUUAUAUGUUUAAGAAAAACUUCAAAGGGGCUUACAACACAUUAAAACAUCAAAUAAAAUAAUCCAGAAUGAAAAAUAGCAGGUACAUGCAAGACAGACCUCGUUCCAUAAGAAAGGUUUUGCAGGCUUUUAAAAGGGAUCCUUUCCUAGUACAGACUCCAGCCUCUAACAGCAUCCAGUAUAUAUCUAAAGCAUAGGGUCAUAGUUUCAUCACAUGUCGGGGACCCAUCAGAUCUUCUGACAUCUUGAAACUGCAGAUAUCGGUGUUAAUUUAACUGAUCCUAUGUUCAAAGGCAUAUACAGAGGUACUCAAAAGCAUCAAGAUGACUUCUUGGAUGUGGUGGCUAGAGCGGUCAAAACUGGUGUUAAAAAGUUCAUGAUUACAGGUGGAAGUUUGCAAGAUAGCAAAGAUGCACUUCAGCUGGCACAGACAAAUGACAUGUUUUACAGUACUGUUGGCUGCCACCCCACCCGCUGUGGAGAGUUUGAACAGAGCAACCCUGAGCACUACUUAGCAGAGCUACAAGGUCUAGCUGAGAAAAAUAAAGGGAAGGUCAUAGCAAUUGGAGAGUGUGGCUUGGAUUUUGACAGAUUAGAAUUCUGCACUAAGGACACUCAACUCAAGUAUUUUGAAAAACAAUUCGAUUUAUCUGAGCAAACAAAAUUACCGAUGUUUCUGCACUGUAGGAAUUCACAUCCAGAAUUUGUAGAUAUAAUGAGGCGAAACAGAGAGAGGUGUGUGGGAGGAGUGGUACACUCUUUUGAUGGCACCAAAGAGGAGGCAGCAGCUAUAAUAGAGUUAGAUCUCUACAUAGGAAUAAAUGGCUGUUCCCUGAAAACAGAAGCUAACUUAGAAGCAGUGAGGUCAAUUCCCAGUGAAAGAUUAAUGCUAGAAACUGAUGCUCCCUGGUGUGGAGUGAAAAAUACCCACGCUGGUUCAAAAUAUGUAAAAACCACAUUCCCUACCAAAAAAAGGUGGGAAGAAGGACACUGCCUGAAGGACAGAAAUGAACCUUGUCAUAUAAUCCAAAUACUGGAAAUACUAGCAGCAGUACGUGAAGAAGAUCCACUAGAACUGGCCAACACUACAUAUAACAACAGCAUUAAAAUCUUCUUUCCAGAUAUGUAAAGCAUUUUAUGUAUUAUGAUAAAAACUGGUAAUCCUAUCCAUGUAAUAAAGAUUUGACUCUUCUCUG